AUGGACCUGAUCUAUUGGCGUGACCCAAAGAAGUCGGGCAUUGUGUUGGGAUCGAUCGUCAUAUUACUACUCGUUUUCGCUACUUAUCCACUCAUAUCAGUACUCAGUUAUUUGGGCUUAGCUGUUUUGGGUGGCACUCUCGGAUUUCGUCUGUACAAAAUCGCUGAGGCACAACUCAAAAAGAAUGACGGCUCUAAUCCAUUCCAGCCAUACCUGGAGAAGGAAGUGUCAGUGCCACAAGAGCGUGUGCAUCAACAAGUGGAUGUGCUCGUUGAGUACGGCCAGUGGACCUUCGAUAAACUCAAACGUCUUUUCCUUGUCGAGAAUAUCGCUGAGAGUGCUAAGGUUUAUACAGCAUUACGUCUUCAGCUCCAUCCUUUUUCCUUUCACUUCACUUCAUUAGAUUUGAAUGCUUAA